AUGACGAAAGUUUUUUGUCUUCAAAUUGUCUUGGAUGAUACGUACGAUUCCUAUGGUACCCUUGAUGAACUUACACUUUUAACAGAAGCAAUCAGAAGAUGGGACAUUGGCGCCCUAGAUAUGCUUCCAGAUUACAUGAAAUUUAUUUAUAAGUCACUCUUAGAUUUUUUCGCUGAAAUGGAGGAAGAUAUGAAUAAGGAAGGAAGAGCAUACUGCGUAGAUUGUCCAAAAAUGAUGCAAAGAGUGGUCGAAGCAUAUUUUGCUGAAGCCAUAUGGUUCAAUAGAGGGUAUUUUCCAAGUACAUUUGAUGAAUAUAUGACAGUUGCACUGGAAACUGGUAGCUGCCGAUUGACGAUAGCGAUGAUCUUCUUAGCCAUGUGUGCAACUAAAGAGGAUUUUGAUUGGUUUUGCUCUGAUCAUAAGAUUAUAAAAGCAGCAGAUCGUAUCGCCAGACUCUUGGUUGACAAAGCGUCUCAGAGGGUAUGA